AUGCUUGACCCUAAAAACGAAAUAAAAAAACUUCCACUUUCUGAAAACCUUUUACAUUACUACCAAGAAAGAUGUGAGACGGCUGAACGAGAAUAUCAGGACGCGAUUGACGCGAUUGAUAAGUGUAAAACAACUCAUGAAGAACAACAUAAGUUGACUUGGGAUCUUCAACAACGUUUACAAGAAAUCGUAGAUUUACAAAAAGAUCUUAGUGACACGCAAUUGUUCUUAACAGAAGAACGAAAGCGUUUCAUAAGAGUGGUUGCCGAGAAUGACGAACUAAGAGUCCAAGACUUGCAGGAUCGUAGGAAAAUUCAAUAUCUAUUAUCAAUUACCGGACCGUUAAAGCGGGAUGAAGAUUCAAAUUCUGGAGUUAAAGAUCCGCGAGAUAAUGAGAUAGAAUCUUUAAAAUUGAUGGUGAUGUCUUUACAGUCCCAACUUGAAGAGCAG